AUUUUAAUUAUCGAAGAGAAAUAGAGAAAAAUAGCUCGUGUUAGUGAAAUUGCGGACGUGAGUGGUCGUUUCUAUAGUGAAAUUACGGACUUUGCGGUGCUUAUAACAACUAAAACAUUCCAAGUUUUUAUUAUAAAUAAUUAUAUAAAAUUUAGAAAAUAAUUAAUAUAAAGUCAUGUUGAAAUCAGUACUUAUCGCUUUGUGCCUUUUCGCGGCUAGUGUACAUAGUCAAGAAUUAAAAGUCGAUGUUAUCAGCGUACCCGAAGUGUGCGAACAGAAAUCUAAAGCGGGAGAUACGUUAACCAUGCAUUACACGGGUACCUUAACUGAUGGAAAGAAAUUCGAUUCCAGUUUGGAUCGUGACCAACCGUUCACCUUUCAAUUAGGCGCCGGUCAAGUUAUUAAAGGUUGGGAUCAAGGCUUAGUGGAUAUGUGUGUGGGAGAGAAACGUAAACUUGUGAUACCACCGGAAUUAGGUUACGGUGAUCGUGGUGCUGGCAACGUAAUACCGCCUAAAGCUACAUUGGUCUUCGAAGUAGAACUGAUUAACAUUAGCAACAGUCCGCCCACCACAAACGUGUUCAAGGAGAUCGAUGAAAACGGCGAUAAACAAUUGAGCCGCGAAGAGGUAAACCAAUAUGUUAGUGAGUAUUUGAAAAAACAGAUGACAGCCGUUGAUGGUCAGGAUUCGGACGAGUUGAAAAAUAUGUUGAAAGAAAAUGAUAAACUUGUGGAAGAGAUAUUCCAGCAUGAAGACAAAGAUAAAAAUGGUUUUAUAUCACAUGACGAAUUUUCAGGGCCCAAGCAUGACGAGCUAUAAGAUUUGCUUAUUCACUCUUCCUUUCAGUCUCAUCCCUGUUUCUUUCUCUCUACAACGCCUCUUCAAAAAAAAAAGAAAAAAUAAUCUUAUUAUUUAUACAUAAGAUAUGUGAAUUAUGGGUUGUUUUCCAAUUGUUUCCAUUAAUUAUAACUGUAGUUAAGUAAAUGUGAAGGAAAUAAAGCAGAAGCUCUUUGUUCAUGAUUUCGA